AUGGAUGACACAUGUGAUGCAUAUGGAAGUUUCGCCGAAGUUAAAAGUCUCAUUGAUUCCUUGCAAAGGUGGGAUCUUGGUGCCAUUGACGAACUACCAAGCCAUUUGAGAAUCUUCAUCCAAAGUAUAGUAGACACUAGCGUGCAAUACACAGUAGAAGAGAUUAAGAGACUUGGUAGAGCGUAUGCAAACAUAUCGAAAUGGGCACAAGCAGGUUACGUUCCAACUUUUGAUGAGUACAUGGAGGUCGGUAUCUACUCGUCAGGGGUACGUUGCUUUGCAAUGUACACCUUUAUGGCGAUGGAAGAUUGUGACGAGGAUCAAACGAUCGAGUGGUUCAAAUCCGAACCGAAAAUGAUACUAGCUUUGUGCAUUAUAUUCCGUCUUGAAAAUGACAUGGCCGGAUUUGAGCUAGAGAUGAGGAGAGGAGAGGUGGCUAAUGGUGUGUACUGUUACAUGAAGCAACAUGGUGUUACCAAAGAGGUGGCCGUUAGAGAAAUCAAGAAGAUAGUUAGAGAUAACUAUAAGAUAGUAAUGGAGGAGUUCUUGACGGUUAAAGCUGUGCCGCGACAGAUUCUGGUACGGUGCAUCAACACUAUAAGACUGGUCAAUGUGUAUUACAGGGAGGGUGAUGGAUUCAGUGAUCCCCAUAGAAAUCUCAAAGACCUUAUCACGUCUUUGUUCAUCAACCCUCUUCCUUUUUGA